CGCAGUAGUUUUUCUCCUCCGCCUCAAACCAACAUGAUGAUGAUGAAGGUGCCUCCGCGCGCACAGCUGCUCCUCUUCCUCGUGUCUCUGUCGUCUCGGAUGGGGCUCAGCAGAUACAUAGAGGAGAACGACGCCCCGGACGGACUGUACUCCCUCCUGAGUUUAGAGCAGAAAAGAGAAGCUGAGGAUUUCAUUUUUCGUCGACCUCUCAGGUGCUUGGACAUGCUGUCGACUGAAGGCUCCUUCACCUUUGUGGCGUCCCGUCCACAGCUGGCCUGUGCCACCUUCGUGAUCGCUGAGCCCAGUGAGGUCAUCGGUCUGGAGCUGUCUGACGUCAACAUCGACUGCAGAGCCGGGGACUUCAUUAAGAUGUUUGAUGGCUGGGUGCUAAAGGGGGAGAAGUUCCCGAGCAGCCAGGACCACCCUCUGGCAUCACACCAGCGCUACACAGACUACUGUUCGUCCAGUGCAGCCGGCUCCUCUUCGCGCUCAUCACAGAACGUCGCUAUGGUCUUCUUUCGUAUCCAUGGAGAAGACAGCGGCUUCACCCUCACCGUCAAAAAACUGCACAACCCUUUCCCUUGUAACAUCAUGUCUCAGAGUCCAGAGGGCAGCUUCACCAUGGUGAUGCCACAUCAGCGCAGGAACUGCAGCUUCUCCAUCAUCUACCCUGUGGAGAUCCGAUUGACAGAACUCAGCUUGGGGCAGGCCAAAAGCAAUGAGCUCAUCCCACAAAGGAAGGUGUGGUCGGCGUGCUCAGGCUCCGGCGACUAUGUGGAGCUGUUAGGAGGAAACGGAGUGGACACGUCUCAUAUGUUCCCUGUGGCUGACCUCUGCUUCUCCCUCAGCGGACUGGCGCAGAUGAAGAUUGGUUGUGAUAACUCAGUAGUGCGGCUGGUGUCGAGUGGGAACUACAUAAACCGCGUCUCGUUUCAGUACAGACUAUUGGACCGAGACACGCUGCCCAAAGCUCCAGAGAACAGCCUGGACAACUUCUGCUCCGUGGAGUGAGGGCACAUGCCGCACACGCUCACUGUGACUCUGCUUUUCAAUGUGUAAAUACAACUGCAGUCAAACAUUGAAUUCAAGCGUCACCAGACAACAAACACUUUAUAUGCCCAUAUUUACUUUGUUGUGUUGUGUAAGUUAUAUUUAUUCAUAAUUAUUUUAUUAUUUUAUGAUUACUUAUAAUAUAUUUACUUAUAUUAUUGAAUCACGUUGUUUUUUUCUGUUGAUUAUCAGAAGAACAUUGCCUUAAUCU